AUGGGCCUCUCGCGUCGGUUUCUGAAUCUGAUCGUGGACAACCGCAUCCAGGGAGCCAAAUCGCUGUGCUCCAUUGAUCUGAGGCGACACAAGUUGUUCAACACAACAACGCCAGCACCCAAAGGAAACGCCCUGGCUUUGAACAAGAUUCGGCUUCCCAGCCCCAGCCUCAGCAUGCGGACAUCAGAUUCCGAUCUCAAGGACCAACGGGUUCACUUCUUCCCGGCUGCGGCGGAUCAGAGGGCGUUCUGCUUGGACCAGCUAGGGCGCGGGUUCCUCCUGGAGGCGGACACGCCCCGCAUGGUGAUGAUGCCUUGCCUCCACAGACCCAAGCUGGAACCCAUCUCCCUCUACAUCCCUUGCGCCGGGCCUGAUUUCGAUGACCUCGACGGCGGCGGCGGCGGCAACCUUUUCAUCAUGGACAGGAGGGUUGCCAAGCCAGAGCCCGGGGGUGUCAGCGACGGCGGUGGCGGCUUUCAGUUUGAGGCCUUGGUUUACCGCAAGCCCUCGUUCGGUGGGUUCCUGUCCAAGACAUGGCACUGCGAUCUGCUCCCGCCGCUGCCGCCACACGUUGGUGGCUCCGGUCACAGCUGUCUAGAAAUCAGCUCCUACGGUGUUGUCGGCUCUCAGGUCUGCAUAUCCGUGGAUGGUGAUGGCACCUACUGCUUGGCCGCCGUGAGCAACACCUAUUGCUGGAGUGAAGUGGGCAAGUGGACCUUGCCCUUCCAAGGUGAAGUUCACUACGCACCUGAGCUCAAGCUCUGGUUUGGCUUCACUGCCGAGGACCAGAACCUGGCUGCUGCCGACCUCUCCGCCAUGGAUUCCCGUUCCCAGCCACAUCUCCUGAACUCUUGGAAGGAACUUGAGCCACCCAAGGGAUGGCAGCAGGUACAGGAUCCUCAACUUGUCAGCCUUGGCUCUGGCAUGUUCUGCAUCGGGAGGUUCUUUCGCACCGACAUGGAUGAUUGCCAGAAUGUUACUGUCCUGACCGGUGUGGAGGUUGUCCGUGGUGUCAAUGUCUUGCCUGGCACAGCGGAUCUUCGGAUGGUCAAGCACAAAUCACUAUGUCACAAGUCGGGAUGUAGCGAGGACACCAUCACAGCGGUUUUCUGA